UUGGAUUUUCUAGAAACAAAUCAAAGAAGAUUCCAUAGUAAGUAAAUCACUACAGAGCUAAUUGUGCGAAUGCGUGCGACUCUCAAGGCUGUUUCUAUAGCAAUAAGUCCAAAAGAGGAUUAUAUUUUCAUAAAAUAUACACAUCAAACGGGAGAAAAAAUUCUGAGUAUGUGAUUAAUGAUAAUCUAUCAAUUAUAACCAUUUGAUGUGAUGUGAUUUUGCUAAAACACAACAACAUUCAAAAGAGGAACGUCUUGAUAGGAUUGAAACCUAACAAUUUUUGUCACCGCGAAACCCUUCGAACUUUCAGAAAAGGGAGGAUGUAAGAAAGUCUCAUUUGGUAGCAUUCAACAUACAAUGAAAGUGGAAAAAAUACAACAAUCAUUUUUUACUCAAGCGAAUUUGGGUAAAACAGAGAUUCCAGGAAAAGAGCGAUUUUUAGAUAUUGACGGAAAGAAACGUAUAGUGUCUGCAUUAAUGAGCAAAUAUGAAAGAAACAAUUUCGAUUCCAAGAUAGGUUAUAAAAAUAUUAUGAAACAAGACGGAAAUGUUUCAAAUUCAAAAGUAAAGGAGAGCUCUCCAUCAGAUGCGAAGCAACUAAAUACCAGUCUCCCGACAACAGAUAAUAAUCAGGUGUCUGAAAUCACUGAUCGUAAAGAAGAAAACAAUAAAGUUUAUGCGCAACAAUGGGGUCAAUUUCCAUCAACCUGCAGUCGAAGAUUGGGUAGGCAACGCGCGUUUUCAUUUGACAGCUGUCAAGAUAACCAUGAUGACAAACAAUGUUACGAUAACAGCUGCAUGAAAGAUGCAUGUGACAUCAAGAAUAAAAAACCACAACUCCAACGUGCUGCUAGCUUCAACAGAAUUAAACCAAUAUCAUUAAAAUCGUUGAAAGAAAUUCCUGUCAAGUUGCAACAAGUCAGUCCUGUAUGUAGCAAAACAUUCAGUUUUUUCAAUACAACAUUUGAAAAAAGAAUUGACAAUGUUGAUGCUUGCGAUACUGAAGUAACCACUGCAGACAAAUUUCCCCAGCAAAUACAUCUAUCUACAGAGACCUCGGGUUUACCAGCAACUAGUAGCAACAGAAAAGAGUGCGUGAAUGAGUGCCUAAGUUUUCAAAACAAAGAAAAAAAUAAUAUAUCUCGAUAUCAAGUACUCAACGAAAUUAAAUUAGACAAACAUGAUAAGAAUGAGCGCGAAAUGCAACGCGUUGCCAUGCCAACCUCACAGCUUCAAAAGACUUCACUUAACUUAAAUAAUUACACAGAUGAAAUAAACAACAAGAAUUCUGAUAAGCCUUUGUAUGAAAUUAACUACGCCAUGCAACGGGAUUUAACCUCAAGUAGAAAAGAAAAAGAAUCAAUUGGUUUUGAUCAGAUCAUCUCAGAGAAGGAUAUACUGGUAAAUGUUGAUGAAAAGUCUCGACAAAAUGGCGCAUUCGAUGAAAAGGAUAGUUAUGACAAGUUUGUGAAAGAUAUUAAAAUAGAAAUUUCUGGAGAAGAUUUGUCGGUAAUGUUAGGUAUAUCGUCGGCAAAAGAGUGCCGGCGUCGUCGUGUGCCGGCAGAGUUUCAUCAUAAACAGACCUUUCAUGAAACAAUAGAGAAUAACAUAUUAUAUAUGGGUGGGAUGUCAAGCAGACGCCGAAAAAGUUGUAACGAUGCAGACACGUCAACAAAUCAAUCAUGCAGAGCGAUGAAAAAAUCAAGUUCUGCAAGUAGCCUUGGAAGAAUAGCCGAAGAAGAAGGAAUUGACACAAAGGAGAAGUGUUCCUCUUCGUUUUCAUCUUCAUCUUUGGUGGCUUUGAUAAGAAAAUGGAAUAACAGAGACCAAGAUCAACGACCAACAUUUCCACCGCAAUGUAAAAACAAAAUAAUGGUCAACGAAGGUGAGAUACCGUAUGGUAACACCUCAAGUCUCGCGUCAUCGCCUUUCUCUCAAGGAGACAGCAGCCUCGAGGCGAUACACAUAUCUGAACAGGACCUUGGUUCUGAUGCUGACAGUUUACCAUCAUGCGGCGACAGCUAUACUGCAAGUGAGAGUCCACCAAACAGUCCAGAGCUUUCGUUUCAAGUCAAAUCAGUAUCUGAAUGUAAUCGACGUGUCUCCGCCCCAGAGGUAAUAAACAGAAAAGCUUUAGUUGGCGUAAUACGUGAAGAUGAAUAUAAUUUACGGCGUAGAAAUAGCUCCGUGGAGGAGGCUGCUAACAAAGUGAGGUUUCAGCUAGAGGAAUCGUUCAAAAAAGAAGAGUAUCGAUAUAAGAAACAAUUUGAAGAUGAGCAUAACGGUGAAAAUAAAUACGAUGAUGUUGAACAAUACAAAACAACAGAAAAAUCCUCGCCUUUACAUCAACGAAAGGUAUCCUGUCCGCCGAAUCUGAAUACACAUGAAGAGAGAAGAAGAAAGAUCUCUGUAUUUAGUGACGCGUCUGAAAAGUCGCACGAAGGAGACAUGGUUCAAGAUCUUAAUGAUAGAAAAUUAAGUUUACAUGAUCAAAGUGCAGCGAGUAAUCGAAAAAUGAGUUACCAAGAGUUAAAAAAAAAUUCAUAUAACAAUAAAAAAUCAAAUCAGGAUCGCAAACUCAGCUUACAAGAUAAUAAAACGCAGACCAGAAAAACGAGUCUGCAAGAGAAAACGAGUUUACAAGUGAAUCAAAUGAAUUUACGAAAAGCAAGCUUGCAAGAAAGAAAACUCAGCCAACAAAUGCAAGAUCGAAAAUAUUCCACUGAAAGAAAAUUAAGUUCUCAUGAUAGAAAAUUGAGCACUGGAGAUAGAAAAAACAGUUCCACUGAACGAAAAAUCAGCCUUACAGAAACCUUUCGUGCUGUUGUUGGAACGAGGAAAAAAUCCGAACAACGUAAAAAUAGCGUUCCCGAAAAUCCGAAUAUUUCCCCGGACGAGAAUAAUAAUACCGACAAAAAGUCAACUUGGGGAAUUAUAAAAAACAAAAUAAAAAAAGAUAGAAAGGGUUCCACGGAAUUUGGAGGCAGUCCCAAUCACAGCCCUCGAACGAGUUUUAUUCUCUCAAGAAAUAACAGUACCAGUUCAAUUGAAAGUGGAUCGAUAAAAAAACGAAGUGACUCUUUAACGAGAAAAGAAAUGUUUCAAAGGCGAACUCGCUCGAUCGAUUAUGAUAGAAGAUCAUCGUACAUCGGCCCUGAUUCAGAGGAUGCUAUUCAAGAGGUCGACAAAAUAGUACCAAAGCGUUCUUUUGACAUAUGGUCUGAUGGCAAAGUGGAUAUUGAUUUAGAUCAUACCAGAACUCUUCCAUUAAUACACGUAGCAGCAGGAGAAGGAAAUAUUGAACUCUUAAAGACAUUGAUUGAUGUGGGUGUUGAUAUAAACGAAUUAGACCAUGCAGGCUGGCCAGCUCUGCAUUAUGCGAUAUGUGCAGGACACUUUGAAUGUGCACAACUUCUGAUGACAAAAGGAUCAUCUCUACAAGGUUACUCGAAUCGAGUCAUGAACUCAUACUGCUCAAUUGUGCGGGAAUCAAUUCGAAAAUCCGAUGUUUGUUGACGCAUGAUAAAAUUUGCUAUACCCCACACUUUCCAUGAAAGUACAUCUUUAAAGGCUGACUAUAAUCUAUUGCUCGAGACAACUUAACUUUGUUCAGUGUGUAUGGGCGGAAGAGAAACUUUUUCACAAAUUUGUACCGCAAUAUAUGAUUUUUUUACAAGUUGUAAUUUUAAGUAAAUUAUUUUUUAUAGUAUAAUAAGAAUGUUUAAAAAUGAUAUUACAGUUUUUGUUCAAAUAUUUCAUUUUAUAACUUGCUUUCUGUGAAUUUUUGUGAAGCACGUAUAGAAACCAGGGAAGUUUGAAUAAUUCAGUUAAUAUUUGACGUCAAAUAUCGAAUUGAAAUAUAUACGAAUGUAAAUAUUGAUAAAGCUUAAAAAUUCUCUUGACAAACAUAAGAAUUCGCUGUAUUUUGUACUAUACCGAGCCAGGACCCCAGGACCUGUUGUCUCUUUUUGUAUAUUGGACAGAUCAAUAAGCGCAGCGCAUAUAAGAGACAAAAAGCCUUGGGAACGAGGUUGCGCCUGGACAUCAAACGGUAACAUGUGUGAACGGUUGUGAAGGAUUCUUAGUGGUUUAAGUCAAAUUUGAAAUCUGGAUUUCAUUUAGUUCGUUAUUUACAAUGGAAAUAUCCGUUCGAAAAACGAUUUUUUUCGUCAAGCCCAUCUGGUUUUUGUAGAGAAAAGGGAUUAUUUAUGACCUUACGCCCAGUCACAGCGGUGCAUAACGUGAUGCGAGAACUUAAACUCAAUCUCAGACCCUUCAACAUAGCAGUAUAUAUACACGACUGAGGAACUAUUCUAGAAAGUAUUUGACUAAAAAAAGAAGAAAAUUUUGUUUCAUAACUUUCUAUAUUAUAAUACUCGUAUAUGUCUGUUUGU